CAGUAAAAAUGGAAAUCAAGAAAAUUUUAUUCUACCUUCAGAUUUUCAAACAAUUCAUUUUUAAAAACUUGGCAUGGAUUGGUCCAGUUCAAAUUGAACCUUGCAGUGUGUAUGCGCGAAUUUAUUCUACUUGAAUCACUAAAAUCGAUUUCGUGUGCUAGGAACUUUAAUAUCUUCGGUCUGUCAAAUGCCAAAUAUGGAGUUUGUCUUGAACCACUGUGUGGUUAGAGUUCAGUGCUUGAACUAAAAUCAUACGAAUGUAACUCGUCAAGUUUAUAACUUAUACUAUAAGUUAUAAAAAAAUUAAUAGUUAUUUCCCAAUUUGUUAGUUCUAAACAUGACAAGUAUAACGAUAUCAGCGAUACGUCCUCGUACGAGCAUACUAGAUAAAUCACUAAGCAAAGGCAAAGGAGAGGUUAGCCUAAGUUGUUAUGCUCUUCUGUUUUCUGAACUUGUGCAGUACUGUCAAAAUCGUGUUUACACUGUACCAGAACUGCAAAACAAAUUAGCUGAAAUGGGCACGGAAGUUGGACACAGAAUUACAGAUCUACUUAUCGUCCGUGAAAAAAGUGGCAAGCGUGAAAUAAAAUUAUUGAAUGCUUUACUGUUUAUUAAAAGCACACUUUGGAAAUGUCUGUUUGGUCGAGAGGCAGAUAAGUUAGAGCAUGCCAAUGAUGAUGAGCGUACUUACUAUAUUAUAGAAAAAGAAGCACUGGUUAAUAAAUUUGUUUCAGUCCCAAAAGACAAAGGAAGCCUAAAUUGUGCAUCUUUUGUAGCAGGAAUUGUUGAAGCUGUACUUUGUGAUUUUGGAUUUCCUGCAAAAGUAACAGCUCAUUGGCAUAAAGGUACAACAUACAUGGUUAAAUUUGAUGAUGCUGUCGUUGCUCGAGACAAGCAACUCGAAGAUCGAUAGUGAAAGAAGCACCAUAUAAUAAAUAUUUCAAAAUAUCUAUCAUAAAAUACUUUAUUUAAAGAAAGCCACUUCUUAAAUAAUUAAACACUCAGUUUAAUUAAUUCGAAAAAAGUAAAUUGUAUAAAAAUAUAUUUAUUUUUCUGUUUCAUAAACAUAUUUGGAAUAGUAGACACAAAGGGCUCAUGAAAUUCAAUUCAGGAUCGCUUUUAUUUUUACAGCACUGUUAAGUCAAAAACUAUUGGAUAUACACUACAUAUGUUAAGAAAUAAAAUGAUAGUAGAAAGAUCCCUUUGUACUCACAACAUUCAUGAACUGAGAAGUAAACUAUGGCAAUAGACAGAA